UGACCCUCCACUGACCCGGCCUAUUCAGUGAUGCUGAUAUCUCUCGUAGCACUCUGAUUCGUCCGCAUGAAAUCAUUGCCUUCUUAUCUUUGCUCAACUCCUCCCCAAUUCCCCACUCCUUCGCCGUCUAUUGUAGCGGACUACUCCUCUCUCUUCCCACACUGCAAUUUCAAAGCCAGUCACAUGGAGUCCACACCUCUCCCAGCAUAACGAACAUCUUCGCCGACUUCCAUGGCGACCCCGUUUACUCGCUUUGUGGUUUAAGGUUUAGAACGAGCAUCUUCUUGGAGACGAGUAGGGUCUUGGGUCUUGCCAAUGGCGCUUUCAGGAUCUGUGGUAGAUCUUCAACCUGCCUUAAAGAAGAAAACUGUUGUUUCGAGAAGCUGGAUUCUGCUGGACCGCAAUGGCAACAGCACCGUGCUGGAUGUUGACAAGUACGCUAUUAUGCGCCUGGUUGAAAUUCACGCAAGAGAUCUUCGAAUUCUUGAUCCGCUGUUAUCGUAUCCUUCAACCAUUUUGGGCAGAGAGAAGGUCAUUGUCCUCAAUUUAGAGCAUAUUAAGGCUAUAAUCACUGCAGAGGAGGUGUUGCUUAGAGACCCGCUGGAUGAUGAUGUUAUUCCUAUUGUUGAGCAACUUCAAAGAAGGUUGCCCAAAGUGUCUGGUACAGGGCAAGGCCUAGGAGAAGAAGAAGAGACAUGCGCUCAAGAAGUGGAAGGCGACGAAGAAAAUGAAUUUCCGUUUGAGUUCCAUGCCUUGGAGGUUGCGUUAGAGGCAAUUUGUAGUUUUCUUGAUGCGCGGACGAGAGAAUUAGAGACCGCUGCUUAUCCAGCUUUAGAUGAGCUCACCUCUAAGAUUAGCAGUCGUAACUUGGAUAGAGUGCGCAAACUGAAAAGUGCAAUGACCAGGUUGACAAAUAGAGUUCAAAAGAUAAGAGAUGAACUAGAAAAUCUACUGGAUGAUGAUGAUGAUAUGGCCGACCUUUACUUAUCAAGAAAGAUGGCUGUCUCGUGUUCCCCUGCUAGUAGCUGCGAUGCUCCCAAUUGGAUUCUUAGCUCUCCAACUAUAGGCUCAAGGGUUCGCAGAUCAAGCAGAGCAAGUGCAACAACAUUUCAAGGGGAGAAUGAUGUUGAGGAACUUGAAAUGUUACUCGAGGCUUAUUUCAUGCAAAUUGAUAGCACAUUAAAUAAACUAACCACCCUGCGAGAGUAUAUUGAUGACACGGAAGAUUACAUCAACAUACAGCUUGACAAUCACCGAAACCAACUGAUUCAGCUAGAGCUCUUCCUCAGUUCUGGGACUGUGUGCCUGUCCAUAUAUUCCUUGGUGGGUGCAAUAUUUGGUAUGAACAUCCCGUACACAUGGAAAGAAGGACACGGAUAUAUGUUCAAAUGGGUGGUAAUCUUUACGGGAAUAGUUUGCGGCUCCCUGUUUUUGUCCAUAGUAUCAUAUGCUCGACGCAAAGGUCUUGUUGGGUCUUGAAACAAAGAUGCCAUUCGAAGGGACACUGACUGAUAAGCUCAACAUACAAUGCAAAUAGAUGAGAAUCCGUGGGAUCAGAUUGUACAAAUAAAUUGAAAAAUUGUACGACGUUAUCUGAAUAUUUGCUGUUCUAUUGUUGAUGUUGUAGUUGAAUUAUUUAGAAAUUGAAAAUUGAAAAGGACGAUUAUAAAUGAAA